AUGGAAAUAAAAUGCGAUGUUUUUUUGAUUGUACAUAUAAUCUUGUUUGAAUUACUCAUUUUGAGGGAACGUUUAAUAGUUGUAUUAGUUAACGCUUUGAAUGUAGUUCGAUGUCGUGAAAUGUUUUUAAGAAUAGUUCUAACAUUAGUAAUUUUACAGAUUUUAUGUCAAGCAAAGCAUGUUUGUAAAGUUCCUGGAACUUCACCAAUAAUUCAUGCAACGUCAUAUAAUUCUCGAUCAAAACGGAGCACACCGAACUCUCAGUUGAAGUUUACCGUCGUUUACACGUCGGGAUUUCAGAAAAAUUCUCUGUUUGAGCAGAUAAAGACAAAAAUUGUUCUGCCUUCGCUCGUGUACUGGGAAAACACAUUAAGUGUGAAGAGGGUUGCUUCAGACAACAUCAUACUUGAGAGACAAUGUUUGGAUGGACAAACUUCAUACGUAAAAUGGCCAAAUGGUACACUUGGUAUAUAUUGCAAUAAAGGUUGUGAAAAUAUCACUAGAUGUUUCACGGAACCCAUACCUGAUAACUAUCUUAAUGGAUGCAAAGAGUUUGUUGCGAAUAAGCCCAGUAUACAAGGUUCAAGAGGGUCAGGAAUACCACCAAACGGUUAUUUAGUUUUUGUGGAUGCUACAGCAACUGAACCAUGUCAAAGUGAUGAUCUGUUGGCUUAUGCACUGGCGUGUCAACUUGAGUUUGGUACUGACAGGCCAGUAGCGGGUUACGUUAAUAUGUGUCCAACUCAAUUGUCAAUAAAGCCAGGAGACGUUCGUUCCAGUAUUUCUACUUUCAUUCACGAAAUGGCACAUGCUUUGGGAUUUUCAAGUACAUCCUAUGCUUUCCUACGUGAAGAAGAUGGUACACCACGUACACCUAGAGACCCUCAAACAAACUUACCUGCACUUGGUCAAGAUUCAGACUAUAUUUACGUAGCCAGUAAAUCGACUGUUACAAAGGUUCAACGAAUCUGGGUUUCUGCAGUCUCCACAACUAUACGAACUGUAGAUGCUUUUGUGCUUCCAAAUGUAUUGGCAGAAGCUAGAGCUCACUUUAACUGUCCUACAAUGGAUGGAAUGGAUUUAGAAAAUGAUGGAGGAUCUGGGACAGCUUUUGUUCACUUCGAAAAAAGAAUCACUGAAGAUGAACUCAUGUCAGGAAGUUAUUCAAAAGAUUCUUACGUAUCUUCUUUAACGUUGGCCUACUUUAAAGAUACUGGGUGGUAUAAUGUAAAUAUGUCUAUGGCCCAAAAUUGGAGGUUCGGUAAAAACUGGGGAUGUGAUUUCGUUCAAUUGAGUUGCUACGAAUACAUGAAAAGACAAGUAGCAAAGAAUAAUCCUUUAACCCCCUAUUGUACCAAACUUUCAAGCACUGAUAUCAAAUGCUUAGGUUACGACGAUGUCUUCGGCUCCUGUGACCUUCAACGCCAAAAAGACAAGGUACCAGUGGAAAAUCAAUAUUUUACCAGUAUAGAUGGUGUUUCUGCUUCUGAAUUACCAUAUUAUGCUGGCGGAUCUUUAUUAAGUGACCGUUGCCCAGUAUACAGGAUCCACAAAACAAUUUUGCUUUGCAGUAUUUUGGUCAAGAUUCAGUAUGUGUUAAUCACGAUACAUACGCACCAUGGAUCAGCAUUGUAGGAGGAUUUUACAGAGAUAUAUCUUUUCCCUACGCUAGUUGUCAUAAAUACAAUUGUUCAAGUGGUGGUAUUGAAUUACUUGUUGGAAAGCAAGUUACAAACUGUCCUGAUGGAGAAUCUAUUGCAAUAAAUGCUUACGAUAAUAACAUUAAUGUCAGAGGAUUAGUACUGUGUCCAAGUUGUAACGGAGCUUGCAAUACUUGUUCCUACACAUCUUUUGUAAGAAAUCAAAACAAUUCAGCAUUUCAUAUAGCAAGUAACAACAAUAUAUUACUUAUUCAUUGGAUUAUAUUGUAUAACGUUUUUAAUCUAUAUAUUUUUCUCAUUUAGUAGCCUGGGGAAAAAACUAUAAAGUAACUAAUGGAUGGGUUUUGAAAACGUUUUUUGUAGUCUAUUAAAUUAUUUGCAUAUAUUAAAUACACUCUUUAUAUAUAAA